AACUGAACACCGUCGGAGAAUUUCUCCUUCUGAAAUCUGCGAGCUUCAUCUUGAACCUGCUCUCUCUCUUUUUUUCUCCCGAUCACACUUCACUUCACCGCCAGUCUUCAAGUCGUCGCGAGGUGCCGGCAGAUGACUUUGAGAGGUGAACGAUGUGAACAGUGCUGGAAUGCAACAGGAUUAUCAUCUGACCGUAACUGAGAGGAGGCGAAGCGACCAGGCCAUUAGAUCACACGUUUUCUGCUGCACUACAAUGCCUUUGAGGUUAUAAUGUCUACGCUGAAGCACGUUAUUCUACAGGAUAAAGAGCAGGAUGUUCAGAAGAAGCUGGACUGGAGUUACAUUGAGUGGGUUGGAAAUGAAGUUGUCACCACAGGUGUGGCAAAUGCACAGACCCAAACGGACUGUGGGCCUUUUCAGCACAAGGAGUGUCAGACCAGCAACCCGGUCAUAAUGCACAUAGAUCUCACGCGGACACACUCCAAGCUGAGAAAUUCGUCCCUGGUGGACUCUGAUGGCUUGGUCGCACCUUUCUUCCAGUUUGACCGGCAGGCACCUGCACGCAUCUCCACAUCUCCCACCUUGAGGAGGAUGAGGAGCACCAGACGUCCUCUGGAUAUCCGGGAUCCUGUCAUGAUGGGGAGCACUCAGGAAGAGCCUUCCUCUGAGAGCACACAAUCCCCCAUAAGCCCCCUGUCCCUAGUACACAGAGGCCAAUCUCCUCUUGCAGCAAGCCCGCUCUCCGAUGGAGAGAUCUGUCACAAUCAUCGGCCCAUUUCUUGCUCCAGCCGACAGAAGACCAGGUCACGUAGAUCAAAGACGUUUGACAACGGUGUCACUUCCAAGAGACAAGAAUGUCGCAGUGCUCAUCCUACUAUUGUUAAAGAUUUUGGAUUUCCUGAAAGUGGAGAACAGGAGAAAGAGCUUUGCCCUAAUAGUUCCUCUAGGCUCCAUGAAAGGAGACGAAGCUCCGUGGUGGUCAGCUUGCCCGGAUUGGAUGUUUCACCAGGAGACCUUUUUGUAUCCAAUGGAGCAGCUGACAUUUUAAAUGAUUCAAACUUCUCUGAUACAAAGAAGUCAAAGUGGCCCUUUUCAAGGCGUGGUACGACUAAAGGGAAGUCACAGACAGGCACGGCAUCUGAUAUUGAAAAAUAUCUCUCAACAUCACAGAUUCAAGACUGGAGAAACCCUGACCUACAGAGGUAUAAGGACUACUCUCUGGCAGAGUUCCUGCGGGACCAGUCUUCCCAGGUGAGCGCCGCCUCUGACCCGCAGGGCUUCAAGAGAGGAGAGGCCAUCUGGGAACUCUUCACCAGCGAGUGUGUUUACUUCCUGGAUCAGCUCAUGGUUCUCAAAGAGGUGUUUUUGGCUACCCUCACGAACCUGCACAUACAGAACUGCCUGACUGAUGUCGACUCCUGGAGGCUGUUUGCAAACCUUAAUGAGCUUUGCCUGGUGAGCUUUGGUUUCCUGAACAAAAUCCUCCGCGUCAUCAAGGACACAUUGGAGAUUACGGAGGGUGGCGGGCCCACCCUGCUGGAGCUGCUGAGCAAGGCUUUCCAGGAGAGUGUAUGUCACUGCCUGCAGAAGUACUGCCUCAACUACUCCACGGCUCUGCUUUAUCUGGACAGCCUGAAGCCCAGAGAGGACUUUGGAUCUUACGUGAAGUGGUGCGAGAGGAACGAUCAGUGUCGGAGACUGCAACUGCGCGACCUGCUGGUGGCGCCGCUGCAGAGGCUAACUCGAUACCCCCUGCUGUUGCGGAAUAUCGCGAAGAGAUGCCAGACGGAGGACGAGACCGGAGGCCUGCAGGUCGUAGCAGAGCAAGUGGACACAUCUAUAUGUGAUUUAGAGGGAAAAGUCAAAUGGAUGGAUAACUACCAGAAGGUGAAACAGUUGAGAGAUGCCCUGGUGUGGCAGCCUGUUUGGGAGAGAGAGAAGCGUGCCUUCUUUCCUGAGAAUCUGAAACAUCUCUUAAAGGCUGUCACUCUGGAGAAUCUCAUUUCUCACAGAAGUCUGCUGCACGAAGGGAAAAUGGGGCUCUCGGGGAACACAAAGCUGAACGAUGUUUACCUGUUCCUGUUUGACGAAUUCCUGCUGAUCACAAAGAUAAAGAGAAACAAGAAGCGCUCCAUCGGUCCAGAGCAGAAUCCUCUAAGGAUGCCACAGAACCUGGAGCUGGAUCAUCUCCUGAAAGAGGGAUGCACCUUCACGGUUCUGGACCAGCCCGUCUCUCUGGACCGACUCCAGCUCAAGAACAUUGAUCAGCUCAAUGCUUCAACAUCGGGGCUGCCUCAUUCUUUCAUAAUCAUGCACCAGAACCGCUACCAGCAGUGUAUCGGAGCAUUCAUCCUGCAAGCUGCGUCAGAGUCUGCCAAGAAAGAGUGGAUGUCAAAGAUAGAGGGCGCUGUGACGGCGCUGCUGAAGCUGGACUCUCAGCAGCCGCGAGUCAAGAGCUCCUCACUGUGGCUGGAGUCUUCACAGAUAUGACCAACAGCACUACAAGCCAUCUGAAAUGUCUCUACACUUCACUGUCUCCUGACAUUUUGUAAAUUACUGUACUAGCACUAGGAUCAUUUUAUAAACAUGUUUGCCUUUAAAGGCAGCUGCUGCAGUAGUUUACAAUAAAUCUCUCAUUAUGUAGUAAAA